GUGCCGCAAAAAAAGAAGCCAACGGGAAUCCCACAAUGCCAGGCGAGGGACCUCCUGUCGGAGAGUGAAGCUCCGCUGAUUUCAAUGAAAGAGGGGGAGAGCAGUAAUGCAGAGGGAUGUAAGAUGGCAGAGCUACAAAUGUUGUUAGAGGAAGAGAUCCCGGCAGGAAAAAGAGCUCUUGUGGAGAGCUAUCAAAACCUUUCAAGGGUCGCGGAAUAUUGUGAGAAUAAUUAUGUUCAGGCGCAAGACAAGAGGAAAGCCCUCGAGGAGACCAAAGCCUACACCACCCAGUCUCUGGCGAGCGUGGCCUAUCAGAUCAAUGCCUUAGCCAACAAUGUGCUGCAGCUGUUGGAUAUUCAGGCAUCACAGCUGCGUAGGAUGGAGUCGUCCAUCAACCACAUCUCUCAGACUGUGGACAUUCAUAAAGAGAAAGUUGCCAGACGGGAGAUCGGGAUCCUCACCACUAAUAAAAACACAUCUCGGACUCACAAGAUUAUUGCCCCCGGCAACAUGGAGCGGCCCGUACGCUACAUCAGGAAGCCCAUCGAUUACACGCUGCUGGAUGAUGUGGGUCACGGUGUUAAAUGGCUUAAAGCAAAGCAAGGGAAUAACCAACCAGCUCGUGGAAGUGGUGGAACAUUAUCCAGGACCAACCCACCUACACAGAAGCCCCCAAGCCCACCCAUGGCAGGAAGGGGUACUCUGGGACGUAACACUCCAUAUAAGACCCUUGAGCCCGUCAAACCUCCUGUGGUGCCUAAUGACUACAUGACCAGCCCGGCUCGACUGGGCAGUCAGAACAGCCCUGGACGCACAGCUUCACUCAGCCAGAGACCCAGAACACACAGUGGUAGCAGUGGGGGCAGUGGCGGUCGUGAGAACAGCACUAAUAGUGUGGGAAUUCCUCUGGCUGUGCCAACACCCUCCCCUCCUAGUAUGGCACCAGUGGUUCCUCCGGGUCCAGGUUUGGGCCCCAUCCCGAUGUCUCAGUUUGGGACGAUUUCUCGGCAGAUCUCCAGACACAAUUCCUCUACCACUUCCUCUUCUGCUUCUAUGGUGUCAGCUACUGGCACCUACCGGCGCGCCCCUGCCAGCUCAUCACAGUUUUCUGUGCCUCAGCCCCACCUGAACGGGGGUCCUACAUACCCCCCGAACACAAUGUCUGUCGCUCCACCGCCACCCCCUAUGGCGCAGCUGACGCCUCAGAUUCCUCUUACUGGUUUCGUAGCCAGAGUUCAGGAGAACAUUACAGACAGUCCAUCGCCACCACCUCCUCCUCUACCUGAGGACACAACCCUGUUUGAGGAAGCAGCUCCACCCCCUCCACCUCCACCUGUGGAUUAUGAUGAAGAAGAUGGGGCCCUUGUGCAAUAUAAUGACCCAUAUGCUGAUGGAGACCCCCAUUGGGCCCCAAAAUCUUAUAUGGAGAAAGUGGUGGCCAUCUAUGACUACACAAAAGACAAAGAUGAUGAGCUCUCCUUCAUGGAGGGCGCCAUCAUCUACAUCAUCAAGAAAAAUGAUGACGGAUGGUUCGAGGGUGUGUGUAAUGGUGUGACCGGACUGUUUCCUGGCAACUACGUUGAAUCUAUCAUGCAUUAUGCUGACUAAUGCUUAAUCCCAGAGACAACGCAGCCAAUCAGUUACAAACAUUGCAAAGUGCAUUAGGAAAUGACCGAAUGUUUGAUUUUAGUCCAGUCAGUGAUCUAUCAAAGCAUCUACAAUGCUCAUUGGAUUAUGAA